CAGUUUAGUUUAUGCAUAAUUUGUACAAUCUGUCAAGAGCGAAAGCAAGCGACAUUAAUAAUGCAUUUAAAAGUCGGAUGUUAAGACAGUCAAUUUCCUAUCGAUUCGAUUUCAUGUAAGUAUUUAUUUGAAAACUGAAAAUGAAAUACCUACAUUUGGAAAUACCAUGAAGUGAGCGAACGCAUGGGUGUCUAAAUUCAAUUCAAAAUAGUAAAGUUCACGUGUGAUUAAUGCAAGCCGCAAGUAGAUUGGUCACCUUUUGUUGUUUAGUCUAAACGGCAACGUCGUAGAUUACGUAAUUGUAGGUGUGGCUCUACGGCAGUUGACAGGCGUGUAAGAAGGAUAGCGAAGGAAAGAAGGAGAGCAUGGAGUGAUCGUAUUCGUUUCGUAUGGUUGUAGUUUGGUUACUCAGUUGCUGUUCGUUUCGGUCGUUUGUGGCACGAUGCAGGUGUUGAUUUUUAUUUCGAACGCUAUUUUAUACAAACUUUACAUGCAAAUAAAAAUAAUCAAAUAAACAGAGUGUCAUUUAAAUUACUUAGCUGUGAUCUCAUAAGGGUUGUGAUUAAAUACGUGUAGAAUUUAAAUUAAAAUGACUUUACCGUUGCCCAUUUCGUGCUCUCAAAGAGUUAAAGAUGUUCUUACAAAUACAAGUAUUGACCAACUAGAAAUAAGUGCCAGUAUGGCAACGAAAAUACUAGCACCUGUUAAAACCGAACAGCAAAUUUUAGAGAAUUCCAUGCUGGAGGACGAUCCAAAUGCAAACUGCAGUGUGGUAACCCAAGACCAAAAGGUGCGACCACGAUGGGGUCCGCAGCAUAAAGGUGCACAGGAGCUUGCUAACCUUUACACUACCGGUUAUUGUAAAAUGUGCUCUAAGCUGGCACCGAGGCUGGUACACUCUAAAAGGCAAGGGAAAUAUCCGGAAGGCGGAAGGACUCUUCUAUCUAGACUCACCUCCGAUGAAGUGGGCACAUGUAAAAGUUAAAUGGUCCCCAGAUGGUACCUACACCAUGUAUAAUUUCAAAUGUUUGGUAAUUUAUGGAUAAUCUAAAAAAAUAAGAAAAAUAUGUACCUUUGGUGGAUUAGCAAAUGAUUGUAACUAUUUGAAAAAUAUAUACAAGACGUUCCAAAAUACCCGGGAAACCA